ACCCAACUCAAGUAAUCUUGUAUUAUACUAGUACUCCCGAUGAAAUUGCUCGUAUAUUUCGGUUUGAUUCAGACCGGUUGAAUGAAAUUGAAUCGGUUUGGUCGUUAAAGUUGUGCUUUGUGUUCGUUGUCACUGAAAGCUAGUGUCUUGGGAUGUUUGGACAUACAGACAGUGUGAGUGCUUGAGCUGGGGGAAAAGGAGCGAUUCAGGUUGAGAGACGAUGAUGUUGAUGAUUCGGAGUGCCAAAGCUUUGAGAUCUGUUCGGCCUCGAUUCAUGGAGACAGCAGGUACCCUGAGAAUUUCUCUAUUCCACAGAACCCCAUACGAGCUCUUGUCUUUCGUCUGCGAAAGAACCUUCUCUGGUGGUAGCGAUAGAAAGAUGUCUGCUUCUUACAAAGAGAGACUGAGAAGUGGGAUUAUUGGUAUCCAGAAGGAUGAAGCUGUUGCUCUGUUUCAGUCCAUGAUUAGGUCUCGCCCUCUUCCAACAAUCAUAGAUUUCAACAGAUUGUUUACUGCAAUGGCCAAAACAAAACAGUAUGAUCUCGUGUUGGAUCUCUGCAAGCAGAUGGAGUUGAAUGGGAUUGCACAUAACAUCUACACUCUCAACAUUAUGAUCAAUUGCUUCUGCAGGCGUCCUAAACUUGGUUUUGCUUUUUCUGUGAUGGGAAAGAUGUUGAAACUUGGUUAUGAGCCCGACAGAGUCACAUUUAACACCCUUCUCAAUGGCUUAUGUCUCGAGGGUAGAGUCUUUGACGAUGUGGAGUUAGUUGAUUGUAUGGUCCUAAGCCAACAUGUACCAGAUCUCAUCACCCUCAACACUCUUGUCAAUGGACUUUGUCUCAAAGAUAGAGUCUCUGAAGCAGUGGAUUUAAUAGCUCGAAUGAUGGAUAAAGGAUGUCAAGCCGAUCAGUUUACCUAUGGUCCGAUCUUGAACAGAAUGUGUAAGUCAGGGAACACUACAUUGGCCUUGGAUCUACUCACAAAGAUGGAAGAUAGAAAAGUCAAGCCUCACGUAGUCACAUACAAUAUUAUUAUCGAUAGUCUUUGCAAAGAUGGGAGCCUCGACGAUGCACUCAGCUUUUUCAGUGAAAUGGAAACCAAAGGGAUCAAAGCAGAUGUCUUUACCUACACCUCUCUCAUAGGAGGCUUCUGUAGUGUUGGUAAAUGGGAUGAUGGUGCACAGUUGCUGAGGGAUAUGAUUCGAAGGGAAAUCACCCCGAACGCCAUCACUUUCAGUUCUUUGAUUGAUAGUUUUGUGAAAGUGGGAAAGCUUUCUGAGGCUCAAGAUCUGUACAACGAGAUGAUCAAAAGAGGCACAGAUCCUGACACCAUUACAUAUAAUUCUUUGAUAUAUGGGUUGUGCAUGGAGAAGCGCUUAGAUGAGGCCAGAGAGAUGCUGGAUCUGAUGGUUAGCAAGGGAUGUGAUCCAGAUAUUGUGACUUAUAGUAUCCUUAUAAACGGCUACUGCAAGGCUAAACUGGUUGAUGAAGGGUUUUGUCAAUCUGGAAAACUUAAUGUUGCCAAAGAACUCUUCCAGGAGAUGGUUUCUGAAGGUGUUCAUCCUAGUAUUAUGACUUACGGUAUUUUGCUGGAUGGGUUGUGUGACAAUGGAGAAGUAGAGGAAGCCAUGGAAAUACUUGAAAAAAUGCACAAGUGUAAGAUUGAUCCUGGUAUUGGUAUAUAUACUAUCAUCAUUCACGGUAUGUGCAAUGCAAAUAAGGUCGAUGAUGCUUGGGAUCUAUUCUGCAGCCUCUCUCUCAAAGGAGUGAAGCGUGAUAUUCGGUCAUACAACAUAAUGUUGUCAGGAUUAUGUAAGAGGAGCUCAUUGUCUGAAGCGGAUGCAUUGUUUAGAAAAAUGAAGGAAGAUGGGUAUGAGCCAGAUGAUUGUACGUACAAUACACUUAUCAGAGCACAUCUUCGAGGUAGUGACAUAACAACUUCAGUUCAACUCAUUGAAGAAAUGAAGAGGUGUGGGUUCUCUUCAGAUGCUUCCACCGUAAAGAUUGUUAUGGAUAUGCUAUCGAGUGGUGAAUUGGACAAAAGCUUUCUAGAUAUGCUUUCUGGUCCUUCUCGAGAGAUAGCAUCAUCGUUGGAUUGAAAUAAAUCUUCUUGUGGUGCUGAGAAUUCAAUGAAUCGUCAAAGAUCACUACCAGCACGAUCAUAACCAUUACCAAGAUUCUGACUCUGGCUGUUCCUCUUUCCUCCGUGGCUGGUUCGUCCCUCCUAACUUCCCGCCAUUAAAACUUAGUUAUUGUGUCUGUGUGCACUGAUUCGAUUCGUGCGUGUUUCUGGUCAAUCUUGGUUAACUCAUUGUGUCGGGUAAAUGAAGCUAUAAUUGAGAGUUUGAGAUUUUAUGUAUUGCUUUUUUUUUUAGAUUCUCUUCUGAGCGAUUGAUUGAUCCGUGACACCUUUGGAGCUUAUUUGUCUGUGGGUUUAAAGGAUCACUAACUAAUGUUUUUGGUUCAUUGAACAAGUCAGUGUUUCGGUUUCUGAUGUUUGGAACUAUUAUUAGGAUCAAAUGAUAUCCUGAUCAGAA